AUGCAGAUUCAUCAGUUUACCUCCUUUGAUCCAGCUAGCUCACAUUCAGCUAAGCCGCUUUCAUGUUUGGAUAAGUUAUGUAGUGAAUAUGGUCAGUGUGCUAAUAACAAUAGUCAAUGUGGAUUUUGGUUUAGAUAUAUAGACGGUAGUCAAUCAUCUGGCUACUAUUUAGAAGAUAUAUUGCAGUCUUCUUCGGCAAACACGUCUAUUAUUUUUGGGUGUAGCACUUCAGUCAAGGGACCAAUAUUUGAGGGAGGUCGAGCCAUCAACGGAAUUUUUGGAUUUGGCCAGGGCCAUUCGUCUGUCUUGUCGCAGUUGAUAUCUCAAAAGGUUAUGCCCAAUGUUUUUUCCCACUGUUUGAGAGGAGACGAGGGAGGUAUAGUUGUUCUCGGAGAAAUCAUGCAUCCCAAUAUGGUGUAUAGUCCGCUCAUUCCAACAGAGGCUUAUUAUAAGCUAGACCUCCAUAGCAUUAGUGUGAAUGACCAAAUUAUAGCCAUAAAUCAAUCCGCAUUCAAGAUAUCAGAUACUCGAGGAACUAUUAUCGAUUCUGGUACAACAUUAGUAUAUCUGGUACCAGAAGUUUACGAUCCCUUCAUAAUCGCAAUUACUAAUGCAAUUUCUCAGCAUGCUACAUUAAUGAUUUUUGAUGGAGAUCGUCAUUGUUAUAAAUUACCCAACAGUGGGGCUCAAAUGUUUCCUCGGGUUGCAUUUAAUUUUGAGGGCGGAGCAUCAAUGAUAUUGAUGCCAAACAAUUAUCUUGUGAUGAAUCAAUUCAUUGAUGGUCAAUUGAUGUGUAUUGGCAUUCGAAAAUCUAUAUAUUCGGAGUUAACAAUUUUAGGAGAUCUCGUCUUGAAAGAUAAGAUUGUUGUUUAUGAUUUAUCUCAUCAACGUCUUGGUUGGACGGAUUAUGACUGUUCUAUGGAGGUGAAUGUCUCUCAGACAUACGGAAAAGAAUUAGCUGGUUUGUCAGAAUGUUGA